AUGGUGUACCGGGUGCAACGGAUCCUGGACCCCGAGGUGGAUAAUGGAGAGGGCCCUGUGCUCCCAGCUGAUGAUUGGGCGGAGCGGGAUUUGCUGAAGAGUGCUACCGGCUGGGUUGAAGUCUCGAAGGGCUGUUCGAAGGAGGAAGCCGUUGCUCGAGCGACAAAGUCCCCCUCGUACUCACAACUAUUCAAGAUUGUCCUACCUUCUGGCAGCCCCUCCUGGACAUCCCCUUCUGCGCCAGUUUCCUCCUCUCCGCUCAAUUCGGAAGAGAUCAGGCGGAAGCAUCUACCGCCCUUACCCGUGCUCUUCCUCCCUCCUCCUUUCACACCAAGUCACCCAGUGUUCACUCAUCUGUCUUCUGUCGCCGCAGCGGAGUCUGAGAAGGCCCGUGAUGCGGCUGAGGAAUAUCUUUCUAAGAUCGCGGAGGAGAAGGCAGCGGAGAUUAAGGUUGUCGAAGCGGGCCUUAAGCGGGAGGUCGAACUGUUGUGGAGUAAGUUUAAGGAGAAUCUGGAGGCUGCGCAUCAAGACGGGAGUACCACUAGCCAGUCGUCCUCUUCCUUGUUGGGUCGCCGACUCAGCCAUACGAAAUGGUCGGGGCUGACAAGUCCUGGAGCAGAUAGCGCGAGCGGCCAACCCUCGUCAGUACGGAUUAGCGAAUUUGUGCCCGUGCAGAACAUCUCCCGGCGGACGUCAUCUGUAGUUUCGCCCCGUCAGGUGACAUCCACACUCUCAGCUUCCCUGGCCUCGACUUCUUUCCAUUAUCCCAGGGCACAAGAGCCUGAACGAGCUGCUGCUUCCGCACGUGAUGGCAGUACCCGAUCUCCUUCCCCAUCCUCGCAAUCUGUGACGCCGCCAUCACUCAGCCGUUCUAGUACCACGCGUGUGGUCUCCCCUUCUACUGCGUCGUCGCGAACAGUCGCCGCCAUGGCCAUCAAUGGGAAUGAAUCGAUCUCUAUCCGCGAAGCGUACAGGAGGAACAUGGACCAGUCAAAGGACAUCGCCACGAGCUUCAGAUAUGUAGUUGAUAUGGAACAACAGGCCAUGGCGCACCUUACACACCGGGAGCCCAGUCCGCCUGUAGAUGCUUCAACCAGUGUCAAUGGUGCCGAAAGCUCUUCUGUUGUAUCUGCUCCGCGCGGGCGAUCUCCAAGGGCAGGCAAGAGCUCCUUCAAGAAGGGCAAAGCUGAAGCGAUAGCUUCACAGCCUGAAGAGAAUCGCCCGACAACUCCAACUCAGACGAGCCAGGAUAAAGAAGAUACCAGCCCCAGGGGCAAGCGUAAAGUGACUUUCGAUGUCAAGCCUGCAGUUGCUAUCAUCGACGCAGAGGCGGUUGAAGCGGAGAAUAAUGACACUGUUGUUGACCAAGAUAUUAUCUUCGACAUGGAAGCUGAGGAGCCUACGGACGGUAGGGAACCAUUGCAAGAGCCCCCUGCCUUGAUGAAUGGCAAUACUUCCAGUGUCCCGUCAUCCGAAGCGGACACACUUAAUCCUGCACCUCGACGUACGCGCUCACGUUUGCAGAAUGACUACGGCCUCCCGGCUUCCCUGUCGUCGCUACGACCUGCCUCAUUGCCAAACAUCUCCGCGAUGCGACGACCAGUUCCCCGUGAUGAGCCCACAGAUCGUCCGCGAUCUCAAGUGGUGCGAGAAUCCGUGGUGACCACAGCGGAUAGCAAUCGCAGUCCGGUCAAUGGUCGAUUCGAGCAAUCUGACAUUGAGGAAGAAGUUACCGAUCCGAGGGAGGCAGAGAUCCUCAGGCUGGUCGCAGCGAGCACGCCCAGCCACCGGAGCGCGUGGAAGCGCAAUAGCAGGGCGUGGCAGCUGUUCGUGAACAGACAGAGUCGGAAGAGCAGGGAUCCCGGGCCUGUUGCAAUCGAGGAGGAAGAUGAGAGCGAUACAUCUCCUGAAUAUGAUGGCCCGCGCCUGGGUCGCCACGGCGGCGACGAAGUUGAUGAUCUAUCCGACGAUUGGACAGACGAUCGUCUCAGGCGGCAUGAGGGCGGCAUUGCAUCUUCAUUACCCAUCCCUAUAAUGCCGAUGGCGUCCCAUUUCGGCGCAGCGUCGUAUCAACAGAAGACGUCGCUCAGCGACCGGCCUGGCAUACUUGUGCCGGCGUUGCGUCCUAGUUCUUCGGUAGCCGCACGGAAAGCUGUAUACGCAGAGCGCGACCGGAUGCGCGAUAUUGAUCCCGGAGCGCUUGAGUUCACCGAUGAUUUGGACGAUGAGGACGAAGAUGAUGUGGAGGCAAACAUGGAAGUAGGCUCGGUGGGACGACGCCGGGCUCUGAAGAUACUUAAGGCACGCGAUGAGCUGCCAGAAGCUGGCAUGUGGAGAAGUUUGGCAUGAAGGAGGUUGUAAGGUUAUUAACCAUUGACAAUCAUAUUCUAAAAGCCCCACCUUAAUCGACCCUCGUCGAUGCAUGUUGUACUGCUACCGACAACUUAUACCAUACUCACAACUAGUCUACUGCAGUCUGUCUUUGUGCUUUGCAAUGCUGUCGUGUACAUAUUGUAUCGCUACGCUUCACGGUCCUUGGACAGCAAGCGUAUGCGCUCCGUUCGCGUCCAUGCGUUUCGCCACAAUCAUACACAAGGUUGAGCUCGGGG